AUGGAGGCAGUGAGAAGGCUGAGAGAGGAAGGUGGUUUGAAACCUAAGGAGGAGCUGAAACUUUCGCCUUCUCCAGAACGUGAAGACGCAAAAGCCUGGGUGGCCCGUCCGCCCGCCCGUCCGCCCGCCCGCCCGCACGACCGACCGACGACCAUCCUCCCGGCCCCGCAGGCCUUAGAUCCCGCUGUUCUGCCGGACCAAGAUGGUGGUAAAGAAGAAGAAAGAGGUGCAGGUGUCAGCGCUGGUCCUUGGCGGGCGGGAAGUUGCGACUUGAAGGCUUUGGCAGAUGCUGACGGGCAGAACCUGGCUUCUUGGCUUCUGCGCUGUGCCCAGCUCUCCGACGGCGUGCGUCAGAUCCACUGCCUCAAACAGAUGGGGCCGCUCCUGGAGAAGGCCUACGGCAGCGACGCGGACGCCUCCGUGACACGGCACUGUCUGGAUGUUCUUGGGGUUGUCUAUUUGUCCUUGGGUCCCAAGAAUCCCUUGAAGAAGGUCUUGGCCAGCACCCUCAACAGCCUCCCGGACCAGCUUCUGGCAGUCGCGGGCCACAGCUUCACUCGCCACCUCCUAGCGGAGCUGGAAACGGCCGAUGUCAAGUCCUACCCCAAAGUCAUGGACAAUCUCGCCUGCUGUCUGGAGGACUUCCACCUGGGUGAGGUAAAGAAGCGUCAAGAACCUGGUCUGGGGAAGCUGCGAGGUGAUCCCCUGGGCCAGGCUGCAGUCCUGCACGGCCUGCUGCUGGCGGUGCGCGUCUCCAUGACCACGCUGCAGAGGGUCCCUGUGUUCCAGGGGGACCGGUGGAAGGACCCGGAGUCUGCGCUGUGGCAGAGCACGGCGGGCCUGCUGCACACCUUUUGCACCAUCUUGGGCGACGGCGACCUCCCCCAGAACAUCCAGAGCACCGCGGGACUGGCUGUCAUCCUCCUCACCAAGACCAUGUGGGACCGGCCAGAUGGGGUCCCGGAGCUGGUGAGCGGGCUGCUCCUGCACAAAGUGGAUCGGGCAGAGCAGGACCAAGCCGGUGUACCUGCGUGGUUCCGGAGCAGCUGCAGGAGCCUGUGUUUGGGACCCAUCCCGGACCCGGUGCUGCUCUUCCUGUGCCAGGGGGCCCUCGCCAUGCUGGACUGGAAGGGUGGCCAGCUGGGGCCCAGUGGAGACCGGCUCCUCCUCGACAUCGCCCGUGUCUUGUCUUCCCUCAGUUCCCGGGUGAAGGAGCCAAGCCUGGAGGCUUCCCUGUCCCGAAUCCUGGUGUCCUGGACCAGCUCAGCCCUGGAGCUUCUCAGCGCGGGCUCCCCCGGCCUGCGGGCCAGCCUGGCGGGCACGUCACCCACAGCUGGCCCCCUGUUGGACUACGUGUUCGCCCACUGGGACCACCCCCUGGACGCCGUGAGGCACCAGGCGAGACUCGUCUUCCGCAACCUGCUGCGGCUGCACCAGCUCUCCCAGGCCACCCCCACCUCCACCCUGGCUACCGCCGCCGCCCCCUCCCCGGCCCCCGACGCCUCAGCCACCCCGCCCCCCUCUCCAGCCGUCCCCGACGACCCAUUUCUGACCGGUCUCACGGGGCACCUGCUCAGCCUGGAGUGGCACGUCCAGGGCAAGUUUGCCGCUCUCCGUUGCCUUGCUGAGUGCGUAGGGGCAGCGGGGCUGCUGGCGCUGGCCCCGACUCUGCCCUCCCAGGUCCUGGCAGUGAUGGGUGACCAGGCCCUGGCCCCGCAUGCCAGCGAUCUGUUGGAAGCCCUAUUCCUAAGCCACCGGGCCGGCCUGCAGCACCAGCACCCGGUCACCAAGGCCUGGGUGGCCCCGUGGCUGACCACCUGGGUGUCCCCCCUUCUCCCCGUCCUCUGUGAGGGGGACCUGGCCCAGACAACGCAUAUCACCGACUACUACCUGCCCAAGCUGCUGCGAUGCAGCCCUGCUGGGCUGGGCCACAUGGUGGACGUCCUCCAGGCUUCUGUCCACGCCGGGCACGGUCGGGGCAGAGGUGGCCGGGGGCCCCUCGGGGCACUGAUGGCAUGUCUGAGGAGUGCGCGGGCCCAUGGGCACCUGCAAGCCUCCGCUCUGGGGCCCUGGAGUCGCCUGGUGUCCAGCGGGUGGAUAAAACAAGGCUUGGUGCACCAGCAUGGCCAGGUCCGCAUCGAUGCCCUCGGCUUGCUGUGCGAGUGUCACCGCAGUACCGAGCUGGUCACUGCCGAGGAGAUGCAGCUCAUUCACUUCUUCCUCCGCUACAACCUGAACGUCCAGUCCCCGGGCCUGAGGCAGCAGAUCAGCUCCCUCCUGGGAAAGUUGUUUUGCAGGAUUCGGGAGGGCUCCCAGGGCCUGUACAAGCUGGUGCAGAACAAGGCCCGGGCAGGGCCAGCCCCCGAGUCGGCACAGGGGAACCCCGACCCAAAGUUGGCCCAGGAGGAACCCACAGAGGUUCUGCAGCGAUAUCAGGGUUUCCUAUCAUCCGUAUGCAGCCGACUCUUUGAAGCCCUGUUCCCUGGCUCCUCUCAUGCCACCCGGUUCUCCGCCUUGACCAUCUUGAGCUCCCUGGCCGAAAUGUUUCCCGCCUCCGACGGUGAUGCUCCAGUGGUGUUUCAGCUGGCUAAGGAGAUGAACCCCGAAAGGGUCCAGACACUCUUGGAAUGUUUCGCCAGCACUUUCGAGGAGGUGAAGACGUUGGCAUUUGACCUGCUGAUGAAGUUCCCGAAAAACGUGGUAGAUCUUCAGGAGCCUGCCCAGCUGCAAGUCUUGUUCCAAGCAGCCAUGGAGCUGAGCACCAGCACCAAACCAUAUGACUGUGUCACGGCCUCCUACAUGCUCAACUUCCUCGUCCACCAAGAGGCCCUGCUGCCAGCCAUGUGCCCACCCUUGCCCGCCCCUCCAGGUCUUCCCCAGGACCACCGAGGCAGCCUGGCCGGCACCAUGGAGCACAACUCUCUGGCAGUGGCUGGGCACCUGCUGGACGAGCUGGAGGGAGACGUUUCCCGGGCAGAGGAGUCUCUGCUCCAGGCGGCAGCGCUGGCCCCGAUGUACGGACGAGUCCACUGCCUGACGGGCAUCCUGCAGCAGAUGGCACCAUCCGUGACCCUGCUGGACACGUGGAAGCCCGUGGUGGCCCGGCUGCUGGCGGCGGCCUACCGACUCUCGGCCGUGGUGGCCCCUGUGGUGCAGAGUUCCUCCCCGGAAGGUCUCGUGCCCAUGGACACUGACGCCGACGCAGCAGCCCGCCUGUGGAUGAUUCUGAGUGAGAUCCAACCCCGUGACACCAACGACUACUUCCACCGAGCGAAGCUUCUGGGAGGGCAGCCUGGUCCCCAGACCGAGGGCGGGAGCGCGGACCCGGCCGGAGAUGCCCCCCUAGAUGCACCAGGGCCCGAGAGCACGGCCUGUGACGUCACGGCGCAGACGGUGCUGGUGUGCUGCUGGAGGAGCAUGAAGGAGGUGGCGUUGCUCCUGGGCCUCUUGUGCCAGCUCCACCACGGACCCUGCGGGCCAGGCUCCCCGGACACAUUAGUGACCGUGCAACAGGUGAAGGAGAUCGGAGAGUACUUCAGACAGCCCUUGCUUCAGGCCCGGCACCGCGGCGCCUUCGAGUUAGCCUACACCGGCUUCGGGAAACUCACGGAAGUGCUCGCCAGGUGCCACCAUGACGGUCUUCACCUGCUGCCAGAGCAGUGGCUCUGGGCAGUCUUGGAGGAGAUCAAGUCAAGCGACGCUUCGUCCAAGCUCUGUGCCACGAGGCGCAGCGCUGGGAUCCCCUUCUACAUCCAGGCGCUGCUGGCUCCCGGACACAAGACGGGGCGCAUGGAUCUGCUGAAAGUGGCCAUGCAGGAGCUGAUCUCUCUGGCUGAGCCACAGCCACAGCCUCAGAGCACCAUCCCACAGGUCCAUGCGCUGAACAUCCUGCGGGCGCUGUUCCGGGACGCCCGCCUAGGCGAGAGCGUCGGGCCAUACGUCGCGGCCGGGGUACGGGCUGCCAUCCUGGGCUUCACAUCUCCGGUCUGGGCAGUCAGGAAUUCGUCCACGCUGCUGUUCGGCGCCCUGAUGACGAGGAUCUUUGGAGUGAAAAGAGGGAAGGAUGAACAUUCCAAGAAAAAUCGGAUGACUGGCAGGGAGUUCUUCUCCCGCUUCCCAGCCCUGUACCCCUUCCUGCUCGAGCAGCUGCAGGCCGCGGCCAGCGCCAUGGACAGAGCCUCCGGCGAACCGCAGCUGCACCCCAGCCUCUUCCUGCUCCUGCUGGUGCUGAGCCGUCUCUACCCGUCCCCCAUGGACAACGCCGCCACCCCCACUGCCACCCUCAGCCUGGCCCCCUUCAUCCCUGUCAUCCGCAGGUGUGGCCGGUCUCCCAUCUACCGAUCCCGGGAACUGGCCGCUCGGGCCCUGGUGCCCUUCAUCCUGACGGACCAGGUCCCGGUCACCGUCGGCUCCCUGCUGGAUGAACUGCCGGACUGCGCCCAUGCCCCGGUUCGGCAGAAUCACAUCCACGGUGUCCUCCUGCAGAUCCUACACCUGCUGCGCUCGUGCUCCGAGUCCCAACACGGCCCCAGUCCGGACCUCCGCCGGGCGCUGCCCGACCUCGCCGACCGGGCCCGAGGCAAGCUGUGGCUGGGCCAGAGGCACAACCCUUGCCUGGUGACCCGAGCUACCUUCGUCGACGUCCUCACUUUGCUAACCAGCUGCCUUAGGCGAUCCUGCCCAAGGAGCCAUCUGGUCUCAGAGCCGCCUGGAUUCCGAGAGGCCCUGGACGCCGUCGUCUCGGAUUCGGAGCUGGCGACCCAGGCUCUCCCCGGCACAGCCAUCCCGGGCCUCCCCCAGUACCUGCAGAGUGUCGCCAGGCUGGCGCUGAUCCUGCCGCCACCUUCGGACUCCACCGCCGCGGUCCAGCUCCUGCGGUCCGAGCUGUCGGACCUGCGCCUGCUGGGGCUGGAGGCCAUGCUGUCACAAGAGAGGCCCCGGGUGCCAGUGGAGGCGGCGGAGGCGCUGCUGCGGGCGGCCCUGAAGGAGAGGCACCCACAGUGCCUCAGCAAGGCCCUGCAGCUCCUCCACAGCCUGGACCUCGAAUCGUGGCUGCCCGUCGCCGCACACUCCCUCCACCUGACUGCAGCCCAGCUCUGGGCCUGGGCCAUGGACAUUGCCGACGCCUCUGCCGACCGCGUUGGCGUCCAGACUGCAGCUCUCAAGCUAGCCUCGGCACUCUUCCUCCACCUGAUCCAGUGCGAGUCCCAAGAGUCCGGAUCGGGUAUGGGGGCCUCGGAUCGGGAGCGGUGGUUGCGGCUGGUGACCCAGUGCUGCAGGGACGACGGCCAGACCGAGGCCAAGCUGGCCGCGGCAGGUAUCCUCCUGAGUGUCGCCCCUUCGUGUCUGGCCAGCCAGAACCUCGUCCUCGAUCUCCCCACCACGCUCACACUCUGGAGGUGUGUCCUCACGCUGCUCCAGAGCGAGGAGCAGGCGGUCAGGGAAGCUGCCGCCCAGGUGGUGAGAGUGGCCCUGGCCCAGGAGCACAUCUGCAAGACCUCAGAACUUGCCUUUUGCCCGGUGACGGCAGCCGUGGCACUGGAUGUGGCCAUUGAACUGCUGUGUGAGCUGCUGCUGCGGUGGAACCGGGCCGCCACUGGUGUCCCCGUCCUGCUGGGUUGGCUGCUUGGAGACGGCGAGACCGGACCGGACGCAGAGCCGUCACUGCAGGAAGAAGAGGGCAUCCUGUUCGACAAAGGAGCCGCGAACUUCUGGGCCGAGACCCUGACCUUCUCCGGGCACCUUGGCCGGCACCUCUCCACCCUGGUGGCCGCGAUCCCUGCCCGGGAUCUGGCCCGUCUCCACGGGCUGCGGGCGGCGGCCGCCGCCGAAGCCCGGACCGUUUCCCGGCUCCUGCAAGCGCUGCCCCCGGUGCCCACCUUCUCCCGGACAGCAGAGUUCACCCAGCUGCGCGUCCGGGCCGAGCGGGCGGAAGGGUGCCUGCACGUGCUGAGCCUGGCGGGGCGGACCUAGAGGGGCGGGACACAGGGCGGGCUGCCGGCCGUACCCCCAUAUACACCGUUUGCUUCAUCCCGUGCCGUCCCCGUGUCACCGAGCGCGGCCCCUCCGCCUCCCUUCUCACCCACCCGAUACGUGCGCGUCCGGCCUCCGGGGCGAUGCCCGCCUCCCCCUCCCCGUGCUGGUACCCCGCAGGCCCAGCGGCCGUCUUUCCCCGGUGGGGGCCGGCGGUCAAGAUUUCCGCCGGGAGUGGCCGGGGGCCACCGGCCGGGUAGCCAAGUGGCCAGCGGCAUUUCCCAGGCCUCGACUCUGGUCAGCAGGUGGCAGUGCGCCCGCGCUCCCGCGCCCGUCCUUGGCUGGACCCACCCCGGGCAUGGGGGGGAAGGGGCAGGAUGUGACCCUCGGAGCGGGAGCCACUCGUCCCGGAUGCAAUAUUAACUAUCUAAUAAUCGAUAACGAUGGCAUUUGUUAAGUGCUUACUAUGUGCCAGGAACUGUACUAAGCGCGGUGGAGGACCCUAGCAAA